AUGUGUGCACGGAUCUCUCCACAAUACACGGGCAUGAGCCCCACAACGUGCACGACCACUAGCAACAACCAGCAGGACAGCAGCAGCAUCUACGCGCGUGCGUGGCGAUUCGUGCAGCGUCGGCUGCGACCGCGAGCCUGUUCGUGUCCUGCAGACAUGGAGAAGCGGACGGCGACUACCAAAACAGUGGAAACUCCACAGCCUACAAGUCGAAGCAGCUACUGCUGCGACUGGCAACGCGUGUACAUGCUCAAGGAGCUGGAGGAGGCCGGCGCACGAGCACAAUGGCGACGACAGCGGCAGUACCAGGAAUGCAUCAAGGAGACAGCAGAGUGGACACCCACAGACGUGCCGACGUUCAAGACGCAGGCACAGCGCAAGACCGCGCAAGUGACGUGUCAUAAUUGCGGCCUUCUGUUCUUCCGUCCGCUGUCUGUGGCGUCAGACACAAGCGCGUUCUGUGGUCGCGACUGCCAGAGCACGUUCGAGUACCGUCGAGAUCUACAAGAGACUGUGAACGCGUGCGAGACUUUCCAGUCCACAGCCACCUGGACACGAAGCAGCGAGUUGUAA